UAUAUAGAUAUAAAGUUGUUUUAUCGACUAGUUCACGGCGAUAAAUCAAAUAUGUCAAACGUACUGACGGUGUUACUGGUGCUUUUAUUUGCAAAAUGCGAGUGCGCGAAAAUAUUGGCAGUUUUUCCAACUCCCUCUAUCAGCCAUCAAGUAGUGUUUCGUCCCCUAGUGCAUGAAUUAGCAAGACGUGGACACGAUGUGACAGUGAUAACAACAGAUCCAGCUUUUCCAAAAGGAAAGAGUCCUCAAAACCUAACCGAAAUAGAUGUUCAUGAUGUAUCUUAUAACAUGUGGACCAAUUUCUUAAAGACGGAUAAAGGAAACGGUGAUAAUUUUUACGCACAACUGAGAUUUAUUUUUGAAUUAAUGGCCGAAGUUUUCGAAGAGCAAAUGAAAACAGCCGAUGUCCAGAAACUUAUUAAUGAUAAGAAAAAUAAAUUUGAUUUACUGUUUAUAGAAUCAUGUGCAAGACCAGCUCUAGGUUUUACUUAUUUAUACAAAGUGCCAGUUAUAGCAAUAAGUUCGCUCGGUGCUAUAUACGAAACCUUCGAUGAGUCAGGAGCUGCAACCAAUCCUCUCUUAUAUCCUAUAGCUACUCGCCAACGACUUAAUAAUUUAACGUUGUGGGAAAAAAUUCAAGAAUUAUAUACAGAAUUUAAGGGACAAUAUAUAUACACUGAUCUUAUAAGUUCAGAAGACAAAAUGUUACAGAAAAUAUUUGGUUCGAGCAUUCCAAGUGUUACAGAAUUAAGAAAGAAUAUACAAAUGCUAUUUUUAAACGUACAUCCGAUAUGGGAUUUCAAUCGUCCUGUACCACCGAAUGUAGUUUAUUUAGGUGGAUUACACCAAAAUCCUGCUAAACAAUUACCACAGGAUCUCAAAUCUUAUCUUGACUCUUCCAAGAAUGGUGUAAUAUACAUGAGCUUUGGUACAAACGUCAAACCCUCAUUAUUACCGAAAGAGAAGAUGCAAAUAUUUACAAAUGUAUUUUCCGAGCUGCCUUACGACGUUUUAUGGAAAUGGGAUAAAGAUGAAAUUCCAGGACGUUCUAAGAACGUAAGAAUCUCUAAAUGGUUCCCGCAGUCCGAUUUACUCAAACAUCCUAAAGUUAAGCUUUUCAUAACUCAAGGAGGUUUACAAUCGACAGAUGAAGCCCUAACAGCUGGAGUACCUCUAAUCGGUGUACCAAUGCUUGGAGACCAAUGGUUCAAUGUCGAACUUUAUGUCAAACAUAAUAUAGGCAUGAAACUCGAUAUAGAAACACUCACUGAGGAAAAACUAAAGGAAGCCAUAGAAACAAUUAUUACAAAUAAAAGUUUUCGUGAAAAUGUUGUAAAACUAAGAAACACCAUGCGAGAUCAACCACUAUCACCAUUAGAACGCGCCGUGUGGUGGACGGAGCACGUCUUAAGACAUAAGGGCGCCACACACCUACAUUCACCAGCAGCUCACAUGCAUUGGACCCAAUACUAUGCUAUGGAUUUAGUACUAUUUAUUUUAGGUGCUUUUUUAAUUUUAUUGUUAAUACUGACGUUUAUAAUACGUAUAGUUUUAUCAAGAUUAAAUAAUAUUCGGAUUAAAACAAAAAAAAAUUAAAUG